UUCCUUGUGAGUUAUCGUUGUAAAUUCAUUCGCAGUUCAGACGAGAAUUGUGUUACAUCUUCACAAUGAGUGUUACCGAGCAAAGUGUCUUACCGCCUAACUACAACUUCGGGCAGUUAGCCUUCGAACGAUUGGGACGGUAUAAGGAUCGCAUUUUCCUGAUCGAUGCAGCGACAGGUGAAGAAGAGAGCUACGGAUCAGUAUUGAAUCGCUCCAUCAGAUUAGCGCAAGCGCUGAGAGCGUUUGGUCUGAGCCCGGGAGAUGUCGUCGCUAUAAGCGGGCCCAACCGUAUAGAUGUUUGCAUAUCGUUUUUUGCAUCUCUUUUCAACGGUUUACAGAUUAUUGGCGUUGAUCCCUAUUCUAAAUAUGAUGAAGUGCGUGGUAUUUUUGACUUAACAAAACCAAAACUAGCAUUUUGCCAAAAUGAAUCUUACGACACUUAUGCGAGGGCAGCUGUGAGUCUUAAUUUGGAUGUUAAAAUAGUGACGUUCGAUGAAGGAGAUCAUAAAAUGUCGAAAUUUUCACAAAAAUAUGAGUCGUUGGAACAGGAAGAUUUCAAAGUGGCAGAGUAUGACGUAGAGAAAAUAUACCCCUUUCUUAUAAGUACUAGCGGCAGUUCGGGAAAAUUGAAGAUUGCAGCCUUUAAAAAUAAAUCCAUGCUUCUAAAGGACUGGUUGAUAAAUAAAUACCAAGAUAAAUCAAUGACAAAGACAUUGCUCUUGUCACCAGUUCAUUGGAUAGCAUUCUAUUUUUUUCCGACUGGCGUGGCGUUUUUAGGAGGAACAUUGAUACUGACAUCCAAAUUUAAUAACUAUAGCCUUAACAUGGACCAUCUUGUAGAAGUUAUAAAUAAAUACAGACCGCAAAUAGCACUAUUCACCCCUUCGCUAAUAACAUAUUUACUAGUUCGGAAGGAAGAAGUUGACAUGACUUCCUUUCGAAGAAUCAUUGUUGGAGGGUGUAAGUUUCUUAAAGAAGUACGUCAAGAGUUUAAGAAACUUCUUGCCGAAGACUGUCUUGUUAUGGAUUUGUAUGGCCAAACAGAAAUGAUUGGUCCAUUUUUCGGUCCGCGCCCAUUAUUCUCCGCUGGCAGUGUUGGAGUACCAUUAGAUGGGUACACUGUAGAGUUGGUCGAUCCAGACACUGGUGUGGAGAUAACUGAAGCAAACGUGACAGGUGAAAUUUAUGUGAAGGGGCCUGGCUUUUCGGAAUACUACAACGAUCCAGAGGAAACUAAAAAUUCAUUCACAGAGGAUGGUUUUUUCAAAACAGGAGAUCUGUUAUACCGCGAUGAGCGCAAUAACUACUUCUUUGUCGAUCGUAUCAAGACAUUAAUAAAGUACCGAUGCACACACAUAUAUCCCAUAGAAAUAGAAGAAGUAAUACGCGAACACCCUGCAGUAGCCGAAGUGUGUGUAGUCGGCAUAAAUGCGCCUUUCGUUGGCGAAGUGCCAGCGGCUUGUGUCGUCAGACGCGAAGGCUAUGACGUCACUGCACAGGAGAUAAAGGAUCUAGUAGCAAGUAAGCUAUCGGAAAACAAGGAGCUCCGAGGAGGUGUACUAUUUCUCGAUACUCUACCCUAUACGUCCACGGGAAAAAUUCUUAGAAAUAAACUAAUGAAUAUGGCUAUGCAGAUCGAUGCAGCGACAGGUGAAGAAGAGAGCUACGGAUCAGUAUUGAAUCGCUCCAUCAGAUUAGCGCAAGCGCUGAGAGCGUUUGGUCUGAGCCCGGGAGAUGUCGUCGCUAUAAGCGGGCCCAACCAUAUAGAUAUUUGCAUACCGUUUUUUGCAGCACUGUUCAACGGUUUGCCGAUUACACGAGAUAAGAUAAAAAUUAAAGGUGUGUUACGUUACAGAGUUAUUACUAAGUCAUUGGUAUUGUCACCAAAUCACUGGAUGUCAUUCUCGUUUGCCCCGACUUUAGUGGCGGCUAGAGGAGGCUUACUGUUGCUAACUUCCAAAUAUAACAAUUAUAAUUUUAACGUAACCCACGUUACAGAAUUAAUUAAGAAAUACAGACCGGUAACUGCACUAUUCUGUCCGUCGCUAAUACCAUCUAUAGUACUGGAAGCUCAGAAGAAUGAAAUUGAUAUGACUUCUUUACGGAGGGUCACUAUCGCGGGGUCUAAACUGUUUGAUGAUGUAUUUCAAGAGUUUAAGAAACUUCUUGGCGAUAAUUGUCACGUAUUGGAACCGUAUGGUCUAACAGAAAUGAUUGGUGCAGUUUUUGAUCCCAGCUCUUUGCGCACCUCUCGCAGUUGUGGAGUACCAAUAGAUAUAUACACUGUAAAGUUGGUCGAUCCAGACACUGGCGUGGAGAUAAAGGAAGCAAACGUUACUGGUGAAUUACUGGUGAAAGGGCCUUGUUUCUCGGAGUAUUACAAUGAUCCCGAGGAAACUGCAAAAGCAUUCACAGAAGAUGGCUUUUUCAAGUCAGGGGAUCUGUUAUACCGCGACGAGGACUAUAAUUACUUCUUUGUUGAUCGUCUCAAGACUUUGAUAAAGUAUCGAGGCACACAUAUAUAUCCCCUGCAAGUGGAAGAAGUAAUACGCGAACACCCUGGAGUAGCGGAUGUUUGUGUUGUCGGCAUAGAUGAUCCUGUUGAAUUACAAAAAUCAGCGGCUUGUGUCGUGAGACACAAAGGCUCUGACGUCACCGCACAGGAGAUAAAGGAUUUAGUAGCAAGUAAACUAUCCGAAAACAAGAAACUGUGGGGAGGUGUACUAUUUUUUGACAAACUGCCCUACACGUCUACAGGAAAAGUACUUAGAGGCAAAGUUAAAGAAAUGGCGAUGACUGCUGAGAGAGAAUAAAUUUAUUUUUAGCAC